AUGGACGACGUUGUCGACCUAGUUAUUGGACCCUUUCGAGAUAUAGUCGACAAGGGUCGCGAGGCGAUAGAAAAUGCUGGCGAUGAUAAGACAAUGCUCAAGGCAUCGCAGAGCCUGACCAAGGAAGGUGAGCGUGCGCUCAAGAAAAUUGAGCCGUUAUGUCGAAAGCAUUUGGACGAGUACGGCUCCAAUUUCUUAGAUUCUCUCAAAGAAAACGAUGAGAUUGCUUCUUUUCGAACCGAGUUGAACGACCUGCUAUGGGAAUUCGAUGACUUUAUAGAACUAGACGAUUUCGACGCUGAAAAGUUCACGGAAUUGCAGGCCCUCUCACGUAAAGUCGCUCCCAAGAUAUACGAUAUCCUCAUGCGCCUCAAGCUCGAGGUUCCGAUUGACCAUGAUAGUCGCUCCAUAAUGACUCGAAUGUCAGGACCACAAUCCAGACCUAUAUCCCCUGACGCCCCUCCGAUCCCACCUAUAUAUCCUUUUUCAGACUUGACAAAAGAUACGCCAAGAAGCGCUUCUUCAGUCGCUUCUGAAAGCCGCUCUAGCAAUGGUCCUCCGACGGUAGAGGCAGCCACUGCUGAGCUGCGACGCAUGAUGCAGUCUCGAUCAGGACCCGACGAAGGCCUAUAUGCUGAAUCUCCAGGAACCAGCCAUACGCCACAGUCUGCACUUACACCCGUGGAACCACCCCCACGACCUCCAUCCGGUAAUCCAUGGGACUUCAACGUCAAGCCUUCGUCGGUGCCCCGCGACAACCAUUUCUCGGAUGAAUUUUCCUUCGAAAGAAGGCAGCCUGUGGCUCCAAUUGAGUCACCCAUUGAACCAAUCUCGCCACCCUUGAGCCCAGAUCAAGGCAGCGAGCUGCGUCCGCGCCCACUCAAGACAGUUGUAGACCGAUCAUCUCAGUACAGCAACGACUCUCAGGCAAGCUCAGGGACAGAAUCGACAACACAUGAACGGACAUACAGUGUGUUCCCUCGCGGACGUUAUUCAAACCACAACUCUAUCUUGUCUACACCCAUACCCGAAGAUGUUGUAUCGGAAAGGUCCAGUGCUGGCUACGUGCCGCAGCUCUCUCCUGUACCGAGAACAGUACCUACCCGGUCACAUUCGCUUCCUCAAUCUCGUCCUGAAUCGGUCGAAACGAAUCCUGGGUCUGUCUUUGAUUCAAGCCGAGUCGAUGGGGCGACUACCCCCCUUACAGAUAAUCGAGAGCCGUCAUUUUCAGUCGCCGACAGCAGUCCGACUUUGGGCACCGUCGAAACGCAUCGCCUUUCAGUAAAGCAUCUUCCAAUGAAUAAUUAUCAGGGUAUGCUUGAGCCAGUACGGCCUGUCUUGGUUCCGGAAGUAGAUAAUCUUCCCAUUCCCGUGGAAACUGAGGUUGUGGCUCCAGAACACCCACCGAAUCCCUUUGCUGUUGACUGCAAGCUCAGCCCACAAAGUUCAUUUUACGUCCACAAAGGCUUUUGUGACGGCGCAAAGGAAAUACUUAACGGCGGGGCUGGCGUCCGGAAAACCGUGAAAGCAGGAUUCGCGUCUGUUGCAACAGUUGCGAAAUGUGUCAAGUGCCAAUUCGAACUCGACUUUAACGAAAUUGACUUGGAUGUCAACAAAGCAGAACGCGGUAACUUCAUCAAGAAUGGGAUUGGAUACAGACUGCGCUUCCUUCAAAAGUCGCAUUUGCCAACGCGCCGGUCGGACGAUGUUAUGUAUGGUUGUGUUUUUUGUGUGCACCAAGGCAAGACUCUUCAUGCGAGCGACGCAACAGUCUUUACCAGCCAGAAGGCCUUGUUCGCACACUUGGCUCGCCAUCCUCGGCCUCUUCCGGCUGUGCAAGGUUUCACGUUCAUCGAAGGGAGCGAGGUCCCUGCCGGAUACAAGAACGACUAUGACCUCCAUUUCAAGUCGUCUGUCGAACUCCAUCCGCAUUUCGAGCAAGCUUCCAACACAUCCCAUCUCCCAACGGCAACCGCCAAAGAAGCGGCCCGCCGCAUGUACGGCCAACGAUUGCUGUAUGACAGGACUCCUGCACACGAACUCGUAUUGAACGCUAGAAUCGUAGGCGUUUCGUGGCCGCCAAAGUACUUGGGCGAGUGGGCAAUGGGAUUUCAUGACGGCAUCCAAGCCAGUGUUCCAACCGAGAUCUUGAGACUGGAUCCGCCGCCACCCGAACAAGUCAAGGUCGAUGGAACAAGUCCGGUGCAAGCUACUGCAAAGUGGAAGUUCAACCACAAGGACAAGGUCAAGGGUGACUGGCUUAAGUUCGAGAAAGACGAAAUCAUUACCAACAUCGGCUGGCCUUAUCAAGAAUUUUGGUGCUGGUCAGGCACAAAUGCCAAAGGCAAGACAGGAAUUUUCCCCCAGGCGUUUAUUGACGCAGCAACGCUACGCGACUUUGGCAAGUCCGGCUCGGAUAGGGCGAGUAUCGUGAGUAAUGAACGAAACAAGUCCUUGUCUGUUUUGUCUCGGUUUACAUCUCGCAAGCCAAGCCGCGUUGGAAGGCCUGGAAGCAUUGCUGGAUCAAUCGGCAGCAAUGAGAUCCCGAUACUCCCAACACCAGUCGGAACAAACGGACACGAUUAG